AUGGAAUCCGGGAGUAUACAGGAUCUGUUCGCAGCACUCAAGCAAGCUGGAAAGCCUAAUGGUGCAGGCUCCGCUGAGAAGACGACCUUUGGAGUGAGAAAUGGAGAAACCGACUUUGAUCAGGACAAACUAGAAUUUGACGAAGAUCCUAAGAUGGCGCAACAGAAAACGUUUUAUGAAAUCGAACAGCACCUGCGUAGUCUGCCGCGUAUGCAAACCGGAUUCGAUGCGCUCUCCAAGAGCGAGAGCUCUCCUAAGGCUGUACAAAAACUGGACGACCCGGUAUCGAUCCUACACUUGCGGAAAAAGGAUGCUACCACGAAAAAACCAUCCACUACAGAGCAGUGGUUCACAAUUCCUAAACCAGAGCUUACUAGAGAGCUCAAGCGUGACUUGCUAGUGCUGAAGCAUCGUGCGGCUUUGGACCCAAAGAGACACUAUAAGAAAGACAAAUGGCAAUUGCCGGAACGAUUUUCCGUUGGAACUAUCGUGGAGGACAAGAGUGAAUUUUUCAGCAGUCGUAUGAAGAACAAGGAGCGCAAGAGCACCAUGCUAGGGACCCUGAUGGGCAGCGACGAUACCAACAAAUAUUUCAAGCGCAAGUACACCGAGGUGCAGGCCAAAAAGACCAGCGGCGCGAAGGGAUACUACAAGAAAGUCAAAGACAAGCGCAAAAAAAUGUAG